AUGGAUCAACCUGUAGAUACUAGCGGAAUAACACUCCCGAGCGGGUUCGAUUCGUUGGACAAGUAUGCGAGCGAGCUGGACAAUGCCUACCAGCAGUACGGGUAUCUCGCCAGGAUGCACAUUGUGGACUUUUUUGUCUCCGACCAUUGGAGCAGCCUGCCACAAGAAUGGCAAGAGUACUUUGAUGCCGACGAUUUUGAAAUUGCCAGCCUGAUCAAUAUGGCAUCAACGGGCACCCUGAAAGCCACAUGCCCUGAUUUCCUACGUACCUAUGUCAACAAAUUCGACCUGCAUUCCAAAUCAAGCCAAACCGAGGAAGAGAAGCAGCAGAUUCUAAAGUACUUUCUUGAAGGAAUGAGCCCCAAGAAGCAAGCCGAGGUGACUGAGCUUUCCCAACUCAUUAACGAUGUGGCCAAGGCAUCGAGCUGCCAGCGGAUUACAGAUGUUGGUGCUGGGCAAGGAUACUUGACGCGCGUUCUGGCCUAUGCGAGCGGCAACAGCGGGGCGGAGCUGUUGGCGCUGGACCACGAUUGGAAACAAGCACGUGGUGCAGAAAAAUACCAAGAGCGCAUACUCAAACGACUCAAGGGACCCCGUGCUCGCGCCGAUGGGUAUCAGUGGGACGAUACCCUGGCGAAACGAAUUGUGCACGACCACGGUGCUCUGGAGGCCGUCGCAAAGGGCGGUAUCCCAGGCAGCAACUAUAUGGUGUGCGGCUUGCACGCGUGCGGUGAUCUAUCGAGCGCGGUGCUAAAGACGUUUGCGGAGAGCGAUUUGGCUGCUGUGGUUUUGGUGCCAUGCUGCUAUAACCAUAUUACCGAGAACUCGAUGUGCACGGCGCGGUUCGAGCAUUGCGCGCAGCCUGGAUUCCCAUUGUCGACGAAGUUUCCUAAUGUUGUCUUUGGCACUAAUGCGCUAAAGGCAGCAUGCCAAGCUGCUCCGCGCUGGGAGCAUGAUUUUGAGGGGACUAUGGAGGCGUUCAAGCGCAACUAUUUCCGCGCCAUGUUGCACUAUCUCAUGGUAUCGAUCGGAGGCCUGUCAACAGACGACAAGUUCCCAGUUAUCGGCAGCAUAACCAACACACUCAUGGAGAAUGCCCGACAGCGCAUAGUAGGCCGCCUUGACGACAAUGCUGUCGAUGCCACCGAUGACAACAUUGAGUUUGCAGUGUAUGUGGAAGCAGCGCUCGAGAACAUCAACUACACGUGGCGCCCGACAAUCGCACAAUGUAUCGAUUGCUGCAGCCAAAUAAGACAUGGGCUGAAGCGGAUGGCCGCCGUGUGGGCGCUUCGGUCGAUGAUCGGCGCGCUCAUCGAGAGCAUAUUGGUGGUUGACCGCGCUGCUUAUCUCGGUGAGAACUGUGGUGCUGGCGGCAGCGUGCGUGCGUUUGCGUUGUUUGAUCCUGUUACGUCGCCACGCAAUGUUGUUUUUGUUGCUCAGCGCAAGAAAUAAUUGGGAUGUGGGGUGUGGUUUUUUUUGUUGGUUCCGCGAUACGUAUAACCCGAGAUUUGUUUGACAUGUAGAAAAGUGGUGACAGCAGAAGAGGGUGGGGAGGAGGGAGGGGGGCAAGCCAUUUUUUUCACAUGAUGUUGGGGGAGGAGGGAUAAUGCCAACGACGAAUUUACAAUUAUAUUUGACAGCUGUAUUAACAAAAAAAAACAUAAAAAU